AGAGUAUCAGUCAUGUGACCGUUCAAAAUGGCGCCUGGAAGCAGAAGGAAGUUUUAUUCAUCGACUAAACCUUAGAAUCACACAUGGCGCAGAGGUCUCGGGGUGAUGAUCCCGAAGCAGAAAUAAGAACAAUGCAGAUGCGAGAUGUCAAAGUGUGCCUCUUAGGGGACUCUGGUGUGGGGAAGUCUAGCAUUGUAAUGAGGUUUGUCAGCAACACUUACAAACCAUCCCUGGAAAGUACAAUUGGGGCAUCAUUUAUGAACAAAUCUCUCGUGGUUGAUGGCAUGGGGUACAGGUUCCAAAUAUGGGACACUGCUGGGCAGGAAAAGUAUCGUGCCUUAGCUCCCAUGUACUACCGAGGUGCCGCAGCAGCAGUGAUAGUCUACGACACAACACGAGAGGUGACAUACAGAGCUGUGAAAAGCUGGGUGAAUGAACUUCGUUCUUAUGGACCUCCAAAAAUAGUCAUCGCCAUAGCUGGCAACAAAUGUGACCUUGAAGACUUGAGAGAAGUUAACAGAAAAGAUGCUGAAGAUUAUGCUCGAUCAAUCAGUGCUAUAUUCUGUGAGACAAGUGCUGUCACAGCUAUCAACGUUGAGGAUCUCUUUAUGGCUGUUGCUCGGCAGCUUCCACUAGAAGAUUUUUCAGAUGGUGACAGACGGAAUGGCAGUACAGUCAAUCUACGCAGCAGUCCUGAACAACGCAAGAAGCAGUGCUGUUCUGGUGGCAAGAAUUCUCCAUCAAGUUCUAGCACUAGCAGACCACAGAGCAGUAGACAGUCUUAAUGGUUAGUGAUUGUUAGCUGAUUAAAUAUGAUCUGUUUUAACUGGUUGUGGCCUUUUCACAGUUUUACUGUGUGAAGGAAAUGUAUGCUUCUUGUUUAAUUCUAUGAGCCUGAAGUGUGUGAUAUUUCCUGAGUUAUUCAUGCCACAGCACCUUUAAUUGUUCAACUUGAUGGAGCUAUAUAUAAAAUGAAACAUGGUAUUACUUUUGAUUUGGUCAUCUGAUGGUAUUAUUAACAUAUCUUUCUAUUUGCGGUGGAAACAAAUAAGCGUUUGCUCUGUUAAUAAAAUAACAGUGUAAUAAUGAACACGUGGAAAGAAGGAAAGUAAUGGUGUGAAUCACUGGUGCAGAUUUCUUUCAUUUAGAUCAUAUCUCCCUCCCCCCACCCACCAAUGAAUUGAUAAAUGAUGCACAGGAUUUUGUGGUUCUUUGUUAUGUGCCAAAUGCGCUACAAUCAUUAGGAUUUUUUAAAUUAUAUGACGAUUAUGGAUAUGUCUUGCACACAUACAUUGUUUAAAAAAAUUAAAUGGAUUUUCGUAUUAAUGAUUUGUCUGACAGCAUAUACCAAAAAAAAAAAAAAUAUUCAGAACUUAUUUUUUAGCAUUUUUAUUCACUGUGUUAGCAGCCAUCAAUGAUUUUGGCAGUGUUGAGAGAAUUUUCAGUAUUUUCACUACCUUUUGCAGUUAUAGCUUUUAAAUGAAAGAGCGAUAAAAGAAAUCUGUUCUGAACUCUAUUACUCUGUCUACUGGUUAAGACAUUGAUACAGACUAAUACAAGGUAGGAAAUAAUAAUGGCAGAUGAAAGAGUUCAAGUUAAAAACUAUGGUUACAGGAACAAGUCAUAUGUGAAAUAAAAAGGUUGUGAAAGGACAACAGAUAGCUGUCAGCAAGGUAUAGGCUUCCAUUGAUUUAUGCUUGUGUUUUAUCUUGAUGUGAAUACACACUUGAACUAACUUGCAGAUGUACAUAGUAUUGUUAAUAUUUUACCGUUGCAAAGAUAUUUCAGUGAAAAAAUCCUACUUGGCAUGUGUUUGAAAAAACGUAUUUCAACAUUUUUGUUUUUCCUUUUUACUUUGCUGAUCUAUAUUCAUCUGGUAAGUAAUGAAAUAUAUAAAUGGCACAUCAGCAAACUGUAUAUUUAAAGCCAGUUUGUGAAACAUUUCCUCAGUGCAGUCACUCAGCACCUUUCGAUAGGUGCAAAUUACAAGAAAAUUGUGUACUACAGGUGAAACCUGAACCGGUGAAAACUCGGGCUUUUCCAGAUAAGACAUUUUUGUAAGUUUAAGUGGCAAAAGGCAAAUGUAAAUUUUUGUAAAUUAAUAUUGCAGAAAGUAAUCCAGGUCUUAUGGGGUCUUUUAUAUAAAAUUCAUUGCAAUCAGUGUUAUUUGUUAAUUUGACUAAAGUACUUUGUUUGCACUUGAACACCUUUUAAUGACUUGCAGCAUUUGUUCAUCUAGACAUUAUUUUGCAUGUCUAAGAGGAAAAAAAAAUUACUGAUUUCUUUUGUUGAGAAAUGUUAUCUGUUAUGACUUGCUUUCAUAAAGCAUGCUGCAUGUGUACAUUCCUCUUGUUCAUAGUGAUCACCUUGUGAAUGAGGCCUCUAAUGAUGGCCCUUAUCUAUGAGGUAAGGUACAUUGAUCAACAUUUUCUACCAAAAUUAUGGGUCGUCUAUUGAAAGACUGGUUGCUUUUUGUAAUGGGAAACAUUGAGUCUUUAUUAUUUCAAUCAUUCCUACUUGUGUGCAUGUCAGGGGAAGUGGGUAGCUGGAUGGUUAGAACACUGGCAUCAAAACUCUGAUUGCUGGUUCUAUAACUUUGUCUUCCAGUCGACCCAUCUGUCAGCAAUGGGUACCUAACUCCAAAGUGUUGGGGAAUGUAAGACAGUGAGGGAGAAAAGAUGGGCACCACCCUAACAUAAAACUACCCCCCCCCCAAAAAAAAAACAAAACAAAAAAAAACCACCUCAGUCUUAACAACGUGAAAAUGUUAGGUGACAACCUUUGAUUUUACCUUUAACUUCACGUCCGUGUUUAACUUCAAGUGUUACUGGUAAAACAACAUAUCAUUGACUAACAGGUCUGUAAUGGAAGUCAUUAGAAAGGAUAGAUUUGUCAUGCAGGACAUGUUUUUAUAAACCUUUUUGGAAACUUGAAUAAGAAAAUAUAUCUGAAGGGAAGAGUACAUGCAACGCAGGUACAGUUGUAUUGUGUUCUGUUUGCUUUUGUUGAGAUAAUUGCCGUCCUGUUUGGUUUAUGUUGGAUAUGCUCAAGAUAAGUCUUUGCCCACAACAAAAUCGACUUAUGGUUGGCAGCCCUUACAAUGCAUUAUGGUAGCACACGUCUGAUUGGAAUGAGUUCAUGAUGUACAAACUUAUUUUUACAGCUGGAGUCUUCAUAUUGUUUUGGCCCUCAUGUGCCUGAACAGUAACUUAUUAAGUGCCUAAACAGUAACCUAUCACUGCAGUAUUAUACUAAUAUUGUGACAAGCUGUGUAACACUGACUGAUAUGUUACUUGCUGGUGUAGUAUUCUGCUGCUUGAAAGGCACAAGAGACAGCUAUAAAUUUUUAAUCAAAUAUCAUUCCUGGUGUGUUUCAGAUUAUUUCCUCAAUGUACCUAUGAACUUUGCACUUCAAGGCAAACUUUGGCUUUUAAAAUGUAUGCAGCUGUAUUUGUCAAUUUAUAAAGUGAUAUAAAAGAGCUUGUGCAAUAUAUAAUAAUAUGUUGGUAUACAGAUUACUGUAUGAUAUGAGUGUUUAUCUGCUUGCUUGUACAAUGAACCAUUUACCAAUGGAGAUUUUUUUAGUUAACUGAAGUAGCAAAUAUUUGAUACAAAUGGCAGUUGUAAAGGUAAACAGUAUCUUAAUUGUCCAUUACAGAAAGAAAUAUUACAGCAGUCAUGUUAAAUCUUAUAAAGAAGAAUAAAGCAGCAGGCAAGGUUGAUUUCUCUGUCAUACCAUGAAUGGGAUAUUAGUUCUUGGUCAUACUAAGUCAUACCCCAUGUAAAUCCACACUGUUUAUCUAUUCUUUACCACAUGUGGCAUGAGUUUUCCUUUUUUUUUUCUCUCUCUCUCUCUGUGAAGGCUUUGUAUAUUAGGUUGGUAUAUUCUGCUUUGCAGUAUGUUUAUUUUCUGCAUUCAUAGAUGUUGCUGGUGGCUUCAAAUGAAAGAGAAAAAAGAGAUUUACUUUGCAGAGCUAAUUUGUGAUAAUUUUACUCUGCAUCCCAAAAAUGGACAACUUUGUAACUUGCAAUGAAGAGAAAGUCAAAGAGAUAUGAAGUGAGCUAUAUGGUAGAAUUUCAUGUGUCCCACAUUCACAGGAAGCAGGUGGUAGCAUCUCUGGCACCUUUUAUCUGCUCAGUAAGAGUGCACUUUGUACCAGCAGUCACUUGGGAGAUGAUGGGUAAUGGAAAUACACUGUUAAAGCGAAUGCAGUGACCUUCAAAGAUUAUUUUGUAAUUUCUUGCUUGAAACAUAACCACUGUUUACUACAGUUACAACAUUGAUGGUGUUUAGUGGUAUAGCUUGCAGUAAUUAUUUUUUCCCAGACUUCUUUCAUGCAUGGUCUAUGUGAUCUCUGUUGGUAUGAUAUAAAGCUUAUAUUUGUAAUUACAAUUGAUUGAUGAAUAUGAAAAUGAAAUGAUACAAGUAAAAGACUUAUGAGAGGUUCAGGUAAUCUCUUGUGUGAUUUUCUUUGAUUAGGAGCAAUAUUAACUGAGACAUGAAUUAUUUUUUGUAGAAGUGUCACAGUUCAUUAUACUGUACAAGUUAAACUGAAUUUAUGCAAAGUUACAAGAUUUAUUUAGAUACAGUUUCUCUACAUCCAAUUAAAAAAAAAAUCUGUCUUGUUGAGAACAUUCUUCAAGAAAAUUUGAAUCAUUUUUAGACCUGGACUGAAUUCAAUACCCUACUUUUCAUACAUUUUCUAUUUCCAUCACACAGAAAUCAAAAAGUAUGAAAUACGUUACUCAACUCAAAAUUGUUUUCACUUCACCAGUGUAUUUGGUUUUCAUGCUAUUCACUAUUAGCCUUUUUGCAUGUGCCCCAAACCCUUAUUUAGCUGACCAGCUAUCAGUAGAAAUUAUUUGAGAUUAGCAGUACUCUUGAAUCUUUUUUAAUUAACCCUUGGUACAGUUGCAUUUAAUAUAUCUACAACACAGUUCUGAAAACGAUAAAUAAUGUUCUUUGGAUUAACUAAAUCUUUGGUAUAGUUUUAGAAUUUUAUGAAAGUGAUUGUUGGGAUUGAUUAUUUUUUUUGGUAAAGAUUUAAAAAUAAUUGAUAUCAGGAUAACAUGCAUCGAUUAUCAAAACACUUUCGCUUGUGAUUCAUUAAGUUUAUUAUUAUUUUUGCUAGUGAAAGACAAAUUUAAAAAAUAAAGAUGUUAUUGAUACUUAAA